GUCAAUCUCUGUCACCAUUUUAUGAAAACAGAAACAUCGUUUUACUAAUCUAGAAGUGGUGAGAUUCCUUCAAUUCGGUUGUCCUGAUGGAUUAUCGGGGAGAAAGAAAUGAAUACGAGUCCGCAAGUCGAUCUAGAUAUCCACACAGACCGAACCCUCCCGAGCCCAGCUAUGUGUCCAUGAGGAGUGACAGCUCAAUGCAUUAUCCACCUAAAUUUAGUGAAUACACUGAUCACAAAGUUAGGUACAGAGAGAAACCUCCACAGCCCCGCCGUGUGUCCAUGAGGAGUGACCACUCAAUGCAUUAUCCACCUGAAUCUAAUGCAAACACUGAUCACAAAGUUAGGUACAGAGAGAAACCUCCACAGCCCCGCAGUGUGUCCAUGAGGAGUGACCGCUCAAUGCAUUAUCCACCUAAAUUUAGUGAAUACACUGAUUCUAAAUCUAGUGGAUACUCUGAUUCUGAAUUUGGGUACAGAGAGAACCCUCCACAGCCCCGCCGUGUGCCCAUGAGGAGUGACUACUCAAUGCAUUAUCCACCUGAAUCUAAUGCAAACACUGAUCACAAAGUUAGGUACAGAGAGAAACCUCCACAGCCCCGCCGUGUGUCCAUGAGGAGUGACCACUCAAUGCAUUAUCCACCUGAAUCUAAUGCAAACACUGAUCACAAAGUUAGGUACAGAGAGAAACCUCCACAGCCCCGCAGUGUGUCCAUGAGGAGUGACCGCUCAAUGCAUUAUCCACCUGAAUCUAAUGCAAACACUGAUCACAAAGUUAGGUACAGAGAGAAACCUCCACAGCCCCGCCGUGUGUCCAUGAGGAGUGACCACUCAAUGCAUUAUCCACCUGAAUCUAAUGCAAACACUGAUCACAAAGUUAGGUACAGAGAGAAACCUCCACAGCCCCGCCGUGUGUCCAUGAGGAGUGACCACUCAAUGCAUUAUCCACCUGAAUCUAAUGCAAACACUGAUCACAAAGUUAGGUACAGAGAGAAACCUCCACAGCCCCACCGUGUGCCCAUGAGGAGUGACCGGUCAACAUAUGAUCCACCUAAAUCUAAUGCAAACACUGAUCACAAAGUUAGCCAUCGCAAACCCCUCCGGACAUUCAGAUCAAAUCUGCUGAAGAAGUUUCAGUGUCUGUAUGAGGGAACAGGGAGAAUUAAAUCCCCAACACUGCUGAAUGAGAUCUACACAGAGCUCUACAUCACAGAGGGAGACAGUGGAGAGAUCAAUAAUGAGCAUGAGGUGAGACAGAUCGAGACUCAAUCCAGGAGAUCAACAACAGAGGACACACCGAUCCAAUGCAGAGACAUCUUUACAGCUUUACCUGGACAACACAAAGCCAUCAGAACUGUGCUGACGAAGGGAGUCGCUGGCAUCGGGAAAACAGUCUCUGUGCAGAAGUUCAUCCUGGACUGGGCUGAAGAGAAGGAGAAUCAGGACGUCCAGCUCAUAUUUCCACUUCCUUUCAGAGAGAUCAACCUGAUGAAGGACAGAACACUCAGUCUGGCAGAUCUCCUGCAUGUGUUUUUCCCUGAAACCAAAGAGAUGGAGAUAUCCAGAGACAGAUAUAAAGUGUUGUUCAUCUUUGAUGGUCUGGACGAGUGUCGUCUGUCUCUGGACUUUAAGAGGAAAGUGAAACUGUGUGAUAUUUCUGAAUCGGCCUCAGUGGAGGAUCUGCUGAUCAACCUGAUUGUGGGGAAUCUGCUUCCCUCUGCUCUCAUCUGGAUCACCUCCAGACCAGCAGCAGCAGAUCUCAUUCCCUCUGCGUUUGUCCAUCGACUGACAGAGGUACGAGGCUUCACGGACCCUCAGAAGGAGGAAUACUUCAGGAAGAGGAUCAGAGAUCAGAGACUGGCUGAUGAAAUAAUCCAACAUCUGAAGUCCUGCAGGAGCCUCUUCAUCAUGUGCCACAUCCCAGUGUUCUGCUGGAUCUCAGCCACUGUUCUGGAGGACAUGAUGAGAGGAACAGAUAUAGGAGAGAUUCCCAAGACUCUGACUGAGAUGUACACACACUUCCUGAUCAUUCAGACCAGCAUCAGACAUGAGAGGCACUAUGAGAAGAAGCUGAAGGACGAGGAGAUGAUCCUCAAACUGGGGAAACUGGCUUUCCGGCAGCUGAUGAAAGGCAACCUGAUCUUCUAUGAGGAGGACCUGAGAGAGUGUGGCAUUGAUGAGAGCGAAGCCUCCGUUUACUCAGGAUUGUGCACUCAGAUCUUCAGAGAGGAGCUGGGCUUGUUUCAGGGGAAAGUCUUCUGCUUUGUUCAUCUGAGCAUUCAGGAGCAUCUCGCAGCUCUUUAUGUGCUGCUUUCAUUCCUGCUGUACGAGAGAGAUGAGCUCAGUGAAACCCUCAUAUCAAAAAUUGCACAUUUAUUUAAACGUCAGACAAUCUCUGACCUGCACCAGAGUGCUGUGGACAAGGCUCUGCAGAGCAGAAAUGGACAUCUGGACCUCUUCCUCAGAUUUCUUCUGGGUCUCUCACUGAAAUCUAAUCAGACACUCCUGAAAAAUCUUCUGACACAGGUUGGAAACAUCUCAUACAGUGAAGAGAAAACAGUCGAGUACAUUAAAACACAAAUCAAACUGAAUCCUUCACCAGAGAAAUCCAUCAACCUGUUCCACUGUUUAAAUGAACUGGGUGAUCAUUCUCUCGUCAAUGAAGUCCAGGAGUAUUUCAGAUCUGGAGAUCUUUCAGGCAGCAGAUUGUCCUCCUCUCAGUGGUCAGCGGUGGUCUUUGUUUUGUUGACUUCAGAGCAGUUGGAUGAGUUUGAUUUAAGAAGAUAUGUAAUAGGCUAUGGACACCAGACACAAACACAAAAGUUCCAGACACCUGAUGAAGUUCUUCAGAAGCUCCUGCCUGUAGUUGAAACCUCCAGAUCAGCUGUGUUGUGGUAUUGUGGCGUCUCAGAUAAAGGUUGUGCUGAUUUGGCUUCAGCUCUGAGAUCAAACUCCUCAAACCUCAGAGAACUGGAUCUGUCAUGGAAUGAAGUAGGAGAUUCAGGAGUGAAGCGGCUCUCUGCUGGACUGAAGGAUCCUCACUGUAAACUGGAGAAACUGGUGUUGAGGUGUUGUGGCGUCUCAGUUGAAGGUUGUGCUGCUUUGGCUUCAGUUCUGAGAUCUAACUCCUCAAACCUCAGAGAACUGGAGCUGUCUGAGAAUAAAGUAGGAGAUUCAGGAGUGAAGCUGCUCUCUGCUGGACUGAAGGAUCCUCAGUGUAAACUGGAGAAACUGUGGUUGGGUUAUUGUGGCGUCUCAGAUAAAGGUUGUGCUGCUUUGGCUUCAGCUCUGAGAUCAAACUCCUCAAACCUCAGAGAACUGGAGCUGUCUGAGAAUAAAGUAGGAGAUUCAGGAGUGAAGCGGCUCUCUGCUGGACUGAAGGAUCCUCACUGUAAACUGGAGAAACUGAGGUUGAGGGAUUGUGGCGUCUCAGUUGAAGGUUGUGCUGAUUUGGCUUCAGCUUUGAGAUCAAACUCCUCAAACCUCAGAGAACUGAAUCUGUCUAAGAAUAAAGUAGGAGAUUCAGGAGUGAAGCUGCUCUCUGCUGGACUGAAGGAUCCUCACUGUAAACUGGAGAAACUGCUGUUGAGGUAUUGUGGCGUCUCAGAUGAAGGUUGUGCUGAUUUGGCUUCAGUUCUGAGAUCAAACUCCUCAAACCUCAGAGAACUGGAUCUGUCUUAUAAUAUUGUAGGAGAUUCAGGAGUGAAGCUGCUCUCUGCUGGACUGAAGGAUCCUCACUGUAAACUGGAGAAACUGAGGUUGAGGGAUUGUGGCGUCUCAGAUGAAGGUUGUGCUGCUUUGGCUUCAGUUCUGAGUUCAAACUCCUCAAACCUCAGAGAACUGAAUCUGUCUGAUAAUAAAGUAGGAGAUUCAGGAGUGAAGCUGCUCUCUGCUGGACUGAAGGAUCCUCACUGUAAACUGGAGAAACUGGCGUUGAUGAAGUGUGGUGUCUCAGGUGAAGGUUGUGCUGCUUUGGCUUCAGCUUUGAGAUCAAACUCCCCAAACCUCAGAGAACUGAAUCUGAAAUGGAAUAAACUGGGAAGUUCAGGAGUGAAGCUGCUCUCUGGUUUAAGAGAUGAUCCACAUUGUAAACUGGAGACACUGCACAGGUAUAAAUGAUGUUGAAUGUGGAGUCUCUACAGACACAUUAAACUGUACAGAAGUGAAGUGUCAGUGAUCGUGCUGCUGGAGUUUAUAAAGACUCUGCUGGACGACUAAACAUCAUCAUCAGUGACUGAAACACUCCAUCAUUAAUGUGCAUCAGAGAAGAGGAAGAAAUGCUGCAGGAACUGCUUUAUUCAUAUCUGCUCACAGAGAAACUCAAUGCUGCAGAAUUAAAACACAAAUAAGCGGAUGCUCUUUCUGUUUCCUCCACCUGUGAUGGAGCACGUCAUGAAGAGAGAAAACCACGAGAAAACAGAGAAACUUUCUGUCUCUUCACACAUGUGAGAUGAUUCUGGACAGUGUCGAGUGAUUCAGCUUUCCUUCAGUCUGACUAGAGAUAAACAGCGGCAUAUUGAAGAGUGACAUGAUCCAGUUCAGGAGAUAAUUACUCAAGAUUAAAUCAUUUAUUCAUAAUUACAUCAGUCACCAUGUCACAUUCACACAUGUAAAUAUCUCACUAGUCAGGCUGAUUUACAGUUUCUACUAUUUGUUACUUUUUAUAUUGUAAAUUGAUGCACAGGAAAGUGACAGUAUCACUAUAUUAAAGGUGUUUUGGUUUAUAAUAUGACACAGUAGCAGUUUGUUUAUUAUCUGUAUGUAUUGUUUUUAAUACAUUUCCUCAUAUCCGUUUUCAGUUUUAUUAUAAUGUGCACUGUGUUAUAAACUACAAUAUUACAUCUAUGCAUUAUAUUGUUUAAACAAAGCAGAUUUUAUAUUUUUAUCUUUAUAUAACACACUCUCUGGUCUUUAUAUUUCAGUAUUUUUGUUAUGAUUGUCUUCAUGAAAGUGUCUCAACAGCAAAUGAUUUUAAUAAAAGUGUGAAUAAAUCAUA